AUGGCCAUGGGAAUCCAGCAGCAGCAGCAGCAGCAGCAGCAACAGCACCACCACCAACAGGGCGGCUCGCCGCCAAUGUUCCCCGGCGACUUUGUCGAAUACGGCCAGCAGUACGACCCGGCCAGCGACGCUUCUUCGCGCCAGCCGCGGGAGGGAACGAGAGGCGGCCGCUACCGAAGACCUCGCUCGCCCUCGCUCGACGACGACUCCCGCUUCACCACUGCCGGAGGUGGAGGUGGAGGAGGAGGCGGUGAGGGCCCGCGGACACCGAACUCGGACGCCGCGUUGCAUGACGCCGUGCUCGCGCAGGCACCCCAUCAACAGCAGCGAGUCGUCCCAACAGGCCCCGUCGCCCGCGCCAACCAACCCCGCGCCGCAGGUCCCCGGAGCGGUCCGCCGUCCAUGGCCAACGCCUCGCAGAACCGCCGCUCCCAGCCGCCGCCCGUCCAGUCGCAGCUCCCGCCCUACGUCGGCGAGAACCCGGACGAAUGGAGCCCCGCAACGAGAGAGGCGGCAGCGGCCGCCGGUGUCGUCGGCCCCGGCGCAAGCAGCGGCUACUCUCGCCGUCGCACGGAGCGCCACGCCCGCCGCCAGUCGUCCACGGGGAGCCGCGCCGCCCCGGCAUCCUCGGAAGCGCUGCCCUCCUCCUCCGUGCCCCAGAUGAGCGGCGGCGCGUCCCCCCGCGGCGUCCCGGAUACGUCCCUCACGCCGCCCCGCGUCGCCUCGCAGCACCAGCAACAGCACCAGGUCCCGAACCCCGGCGGCCUGCGCCCGCCCUCGCCCCCCGGCGGCGGCCUCGGCGACGACAUCAGCCGCAUCCAGAGCCCCAGCAUCUCCAAGAGCGUGCUCGAGCCGCUGCAGCGCAAGAUGCUCCAGUAUCACAACCUGAUGGAGGACGCGCAGGGCCAGAUGGCGCAGCUGGACGAGGAGCUGCGCGUGCUGCAGGAGCGCCGCCGGCAGACGGAGCAGCGCUUCAUCGACGCAAAGGCCAAGCACGACGAGUACGAGCGCCAGCACCUCGACGUCGAGAGGGCGCUGCGCGGGGACUUCCACCCGCCGCAGCCGGCGCCGGCACAGCUGCAGCAGCAGCAACAGCAGCAGUUGUACAAUAACAGCCCGCCGAGAACAGUGCCCAGGCCGGCCUCGAGCAUCAUGAGCUACGACGACCGGCCGAUGAGUGGGCACAGCUCGGUGCCGAGGAAGGGGAAGCUGCGGUUUAGUCUCUUUGGGAGGUGA